AUGUUUUCAUUAAGCGGAAGCACUUUUCUGAACAAUUCUCUCUCUUGUGUGUCGAAAGGCUUGACACAGUCUGCACAGCGGAAGGUAUCAGCUCCGCCGAUGGUGGUGGCCUCCGUGAGCUCAAAUGGCAAGCCGAUGGAUCGAAACGUCGGCGUUUUGAUGGAGAAUACUCUCAAGGAGAUGAGAGAGAAUGCUCCCUCUUCAUCCUUGUCGGUGGUUGAGGAAGAGGCAGAAUCCACCGUCGGCGGCGGCGUGGAGGAUGUUUACGGCGAGGAUACCGCCACCGAGGACCAGUACAUCACCCCUUGGACUGUCACUGUUGCUAGUGGAUAUCCAUUGUUGCGCGACCCUCACUACAACAAAGGCCUUGCCUUCACAGAGAAAGAGAGGGAUGCUCACUUUUUACGUGGUCUUUUGCCGCCGGUGGUUAUUCCCCAAGACAUCCAGGUUAAGAAAAUGAUGCACAACAUGCGCCAGUACCAAGUGCCACUACAGAGGUACAUGGCCAUGAUGGACCUCCAGGAGAGGAAUGAAAGAUUGUUCUACAAGCUUCUCAUAGACAAUGUCGAGGAGCUUCUUCCUGUGGUCUACACUCCAACUGUAGGCGAAGCUUGCCAGAAAUAUGGAUGCAUUUUCAGACAACCUCAGGGUCUCUUUAUUAGUCUCAAAGAAAAGGGACGGAUUCUUGAAGUCUUGAAAAAUUGGCCGGAGAAGAAGAUUCAAGUCAUUGUGGUGACAGAUGGCGAGCGGAUAUUGGGACUGGGAGAUCUUGGCUGCCAGGGAAUGGGGAUACCCGUUGGGAAGCUCUCGUUGUAUUCAGCUCUUGGUGGCAUCCGUCCUUCUGCUUGCUUACCUGUGACCAUUGAUGUGGGAACGAAUAACGAGCAGUUAUUAAAUGAUGAAUUUUAUAUCGGACUUAGAAGAAGGAGAGCAACAGGACAGGAGUAUGCCGAGCUCCUUCAUGAGUUUAUGUCUGCAGUGAAGCAGAACUAUGGAGAAAAAGUCCUUAUCCAGUUUGAAGACUUUGCAAAUCAUAAUGCUUUUGAUCUUCUAGCAAAGUAUGGACCUACCCAUCUUGUUUUCAAUGAUGAUAUUCAGGGUACAGCAUCUGUGGUCCUUGCCGGGCUUAUGGCUGCAUUGAAUUUAGUGGGCGGUACUUUGUCUGACCAUAGAUUCCUAUUCCUUGGAGCUGGAGAGGCUGGCACUGGUAUUGCUGAACUCAUAGCACUUGAGAUUUCGAAACAGACUGGCAUCCCAGUGGAGGAGGCUCGCAAGAAGAUUUCGCUUGUUGACUCAAAGGGCUUGAUCGUCAGGUCUCGUAUUGAGACACUCCAACACUUCAAGAGGCCCUGGGCUCAUGAACAUGAACCUGUGAGAACUUUGCUGGAUGCUGUCAAGGUCAUAAAACCAACUGUAUUGAUUGGAUCAUCUGGAGCCGGAAGAACCUUCACCAAAGAAGUGGUCGAAGCUAUGGCAUCCAUUAAUAAGAAACCUGUUAUCCUUGCCCUCUCUAACCCAACCUCACAGUCUGAGUGUACGGCUGAAGAAGCUUAUGCGUGGAGCGAGGGACGAGCCAUUUUUGCUAGUGGGAGCCCAUUUAGCCCGGUGGAAUAUAAUGGCAAAUUUUAUGCAUCCGGCCAGGCAAAUAAUGCAUAUAUCUUCCCGGGGUUUGGUCUGGGUUUGAUUAUUUCUGGUGCCAUUCGAGUUCACGACGAUAUGCUUCUGGCAGCUUCGGAAGCAUUAGCUGCCGAGGUCAGCCAAGAGAACUUGGAUAAAGGGCUCAUAUACCCACCAUUCUCAAAUAUCCGAAAGAUUUCGGCCCAAAUUGCAGCCCAAGUGGCUGCUAAAGCAUAUGAACUUGGUUUGGCAACUCGUCUGCCACAACCGGAUAACCUAGUGGCAUAUGCACUGAGCUUUCAGCACUCGUCUCCUCCGCCAGCCGUACCUCCUGUCGGUGUGAGAGAGAGCAGACGGCCUAACGCUGGGCCACCUAAUAAAAAGGAUCACAAGCCUCCAUUGCCUUCGGGCAGCAAGCCACCGGGGGGUGGGCAGGGGCACGGCCGGUCGGGUAGGGUCGAGACAGAAGAAGAGAGGAGACUGAGGAAAAAGAAGGAAUACGAAAAACAGAAGCAAGAAGAGAAACUCAAGCAGCAUUUGAGGGAGUCCCAGAACAAAGUACUGCAAAAGACCCAAAUGUUGGCUUCCGGGUCGAAGGGCCAUGGGUCGGUUAGCGGGUCACACAUGGGGGACAGGAGAAGUACCCCGCUGCUGAGUGGAGAUAGAAUUGAAAACCGGCUCAAGAAGCCAACAACUUUCCUGUGCAAGAUGAAGUUCCGAAAUGAAUUGCCUGAUCCAUCUGCAAAGAUCAAGCUUCUGUCUUUAAAGAGGGACCCAGAUCGAUACUGCAAAUAUCAAAUCACAUCACUGGAGAAAAAUUGGAAGCCUCAGCUGCAUGUUGAACCAGAUAUGGGGAUACCGCUGGACCUUCUUGAUCUGAGCGUUUACAACCGCCCGAAGAAUAGAGAAAGAAUACAACUUGAUCCAGAGGAUGAGGAAUUACUACGCGACGAUGAUCCUAUCACACCAAUUAAGUCCGAUGGCAUAAAAAAGAAGGAUAGGCCAACAGACAAAGGUGUCUCUUGGCUUGUUAAAACUCAAUACAUCUCCCCUCUCAGCAUGGAUUCAACUAAGCAGUCUCUGUCUGAGAAACAAGCUAGAGAAUUACGAGAAUCUCGUGGUCGGGACCUUUUGGAGAACCUCAACAGUCGGGAAAAGAAAAUAAAGGAUAUUGUUGCUUCGUUUGAGGCUUGCAAGUCGAAGCCUGUUCAUGCAACCAACCCUAGCCUACAACCGAAAAGGGUUCUUCCUCUCGUUCCUGAUUUUACGCGGUAUGAUGACCAGUUUGUAGUUGUGAAUUUCGAUAAUGCCCCAACUGCUGAUUCAGACAUCUACAAGAAAUUAAGUGCAGCAGAUCGGAUUGAGUGUGAAAGCAAAGCGAUAAUGAAAAGUUACGUGUCCUCAAGCUCUGAUGUAGAGAACACUGAUAAGUUUUUAGCUUACAUUGUGCCAGCUGCUGAUGAGCUAGAGAAGGAUAUGUAUGAUGAGAAUGAAGAUAUCUCAUGUUCAUGGGUCCGCGAGUAUCACUUUGAUGUACGUGGUGAUGAUGUCGAGGAUCCUACAACAUACCUCGUUACUUUUGGUGAAUCAGAAGCAAGCUAUUUGCCGCUCCCGACAAAGUUCAUGUUAAGGAAAAAGAGGGCUAGAGAAGGGAAACUGAGCGAGGAGGCAGAACAGUUUCCCAUUCCUAAAAGCGUGACUCUAAGAAGGCGGGCCACUGUGGCUGUCCAUGAACUGAGAGAUGAUGAUGGGGAUUAUACAGAUUCGAGGGUGAGCUCAAGAAAUGGUAGGAGAGGUAGUGGUGGGAGUGAACUGCGUAGGAUGGUUGAGGAUGCAGACCCAAUGGAUGCUGAUGCUGAUAACUUCAGUGGGGCUGAGGAUGAUAUCUCUGACUAG